AUGAAGUCCCUCACUUACGCUUUAGUCCUAUUUGCACCUAGUUUUCCUGCCGUGUAUGCACAAGAAUGCCGCUGCUUCCCCGGUGACAAAUGUUGGCCAGAUGACGAAGAAUGGGCUUUCUUCAAUACAUCGGUAGGCGGCAACUUGAUUCAAACUGUACCACUUGCCAGCGCCUGCCAUGAUCCACAGUAUGAUGAGGCAGCUUGUGCUGCUGUACAAGCCGACUGGACAAACCCAGAAUUACACUACAAGUCUUCAAGUUCCAUCAUGUCCGGACUCUGGGCGAAUCAAAGCUGUGACCCGUUUACACUUAGAGAGGCGCAAUGUGUUAUUGGCACCUACGUUCAGUAUGCCGUCAACGUAUCGGACGCUGAUCAGGUUUCCAAGGCCGUGAAAUUCGCCAAAGAGAAGAAUAUUAGAUUCGUGGUACGAAACACUGGGCACGACUACAUCGGCAAAUCCACAGGUGCUGGCGCUAUUGCUGUCUGGAUGCACAACUUGAAGAGCUUGGAAGUGCUAGACUGGGAUCGCGGUUAUUACACAGGCCCAGCCAUUCAAGCUGGAGCUGGUGUCCAAGGGUUUGAGGCCAUCGAGUUUGCGGAUGGUCACGACUUAGUUACAGUCGCAGGGAACUGCCCUACCGUUGGGAUGGCGGGUGGGCACAUCCAAGGUGGUGGACAUUCACCGUUGGCGUCCAAAUUUGGUCUCGCAGCCGACAAUGCACUCGAGUUCGAGGUUGUCGACGGCCAAGGAAACAUCUUGAUCGCAAACCGCAAAGAGAAUAGGGACCUCUUUUGGGCGCUUAGCGGAGGUGGCGGAGGAACUUAUGGAGUCGUCACUCGUGUCACUGUCAAAGCCCACGCGACGUUUGAAGUAACGACCAACACUCUUGCAUUUGCGAUGUCCUCGGUCUCCGACGACAUAGUACGUAGUGCGUUAAGAUCACUUCAUUCGGUCAUUCCAAAUUUAGUGGACCGUGGCAUUUACAUCAUUAAUGGCUUCCGGGGCGGCUACUUCACAAUCCAGGAUCUCAUGGCGCCUGGCUUCACACCGGGCGACGUCGAUGAGCUCCUGGAGCCGUUCAUAUCGUAUCUUAACCGAACGGGCGUUGUCUAUCAACGCACAGUGACAUCAUACCCAACCUUUGCCGAAUACUAUGCGAAGGGUGGGCCAUCGUUCUAUCUGAACAACCAGGCAAACAACAUACAGGGCGGAAAUUGGCUCAUCCCACGAGAUAUUGCUACUGAUCCAACUAGAGACGUAGAGUACAUCGAUGCUGUGCUGAGUGUUGCAGCGUCGGGCGCCACGAUAGGCACCGUCGGUUUCAACGUCUCAGAGGCGGUCGCAGGUGAUGUUCAUAACGCAGUGUUUGAGGGGUGGAGGAGAGCACUUUUCUACACGCUGUUCAUUGUACCUGAUCCGUCUGACGAGACAAUAGCGGAAGGCUUUCAGCGACUAGAGAUGAUUGAUCGUGAUCUUGUCUCGAAAUUUCGAAAUAUUGCUCCUGAUGGUGGCUCGUAUCUGAAUGAGGCCGAUCCACUGAACGCAAGUUGGAAGAAGGACUUCUACGGUGCUAACUACGACAAGUUGUUGUCAAUCAAGAACAAAUACGACUCUGACCAUAUGUUCUACGGUCUCACCGCGGUGGGUAGUGAGUACUGGGUCGAGAAAGACGACAAGCGCUUAUGUCGAGCAACUACGGCACAUUGCUCGACGUCAUACACUGACUCUUAA